ACCGCUAAACAUUCGUAGAAGAAGAAGCGAAGGCGACGCGUCGCGGAAAAGAGAGCUAUUUCCUGACGGCUUAGCAGGUUAUCCAGCUAACGGCGUUAACUGUCGGCUUAUCCAGCACUUUAAUCAGGUUCGCAGGUUGAACACACUGCCGGACUGAAGAGUCACGAUGACAGCCGCUCCUUACAACUACUCCUACAUCUUCAAAUACAUCAUCAUCGGUGAUAUGGGCGUCGGGAAGUCGUGUUUGCUGCAUCAGUUUACAGAGAAGAAAUUCAUGGCGGACUGUCCCCACACCAUCGGGGUGGAGUUUGGGACCAGGAUUAUGGAGGUCCACAGUCAGAAGGUGAAGCUACAGAUCUGGGACACAGCUGGUCAGGAGCGCUUCAGGGCCGUCACCAGGUCCUACUACAGGGGGGCCGCAGGGGCCCUCAUGGUCUACGACAUCACCAGGAGGAGUACCUACAACCACCUGAGCAGCUGGCUGACGGACGCCAGGAACCUGACCAACCCCAACACGGUGAUCAUUCUGAUCGGGAACAAGGCAGACCUGGAGGCCCAGAGGGACGUGACAUACGAGGAGGCCAAACAGUUUGCUGAGGAGAACGGUCUGCUGUUUCUAGAAGCUAGCGCCAAGACAGGUGAGAACGUGGAGGAGGCCUUCCUGGAAGCAGCAAAGAAGAUCUACCAGAACAUCCAGGACGGGAGUCUGGACCUCAACGCUGCAGAGUCGGGAGUCCAGCACAAACCGUCGGCGCCGCAGGGCGGCCGUCUGAACGCCGACAGCCAGCCGGCUAAAGAAGGCUGCAGCUGCUAACCUCAGAACCACCAAACGGGUCGACAGAUGGACAAACACGGACCGGUUCGGUCCAGAUUCUCUCCCUCUAAUCCACUCAUCAGUUCUGAACCCGAGCCAAGAAUCCGCUAAACCCGCCUGGUUCCUCCUCUUGGCCCGUCACCUGUUCAGGUCUGUGGUUGCUGGUUCUGAUCCACUUUGACCCGGACUGGUUUGGCUUUUCUCCAAAUUAAACGUAAACAUGAUAAAUCCACUUCUGGGUCAGAACUUAGUCCUUACCUGGCCCGCAAGCUCAGAACCAACCUGCUUCCUCCAGGUCUGAACUUCUGUUGGUCCAACUCCAUCAGAACCACCAAUCUCCACUAAUGUCAGAACCAUGUGAGAACUGAAACUGGACCAGACCCAGACCUCAACCGGGCCAGGCGAUUAAAACAGUCAAAAGUCCCAGAACCGGGUCAGAGAGGUCCACAUCAGGCUCACCAAGCAGCUCCAGGUCAUCCACCAGAACUGACCUGUGGGCCAGAAUCACUAAUAUUUGGCACCGUGGUGGACUCAUUCAGAACCGGAGCUGAACUUGGACCACCUGGUCCAAAUGAUGACCCGGUCCAGACUGAGGUACUCCAGGUUUAAAACUCUUAAGUGUCACAGAAGUCCAGAAUUUAAACUUUGGAUGUUCUGAAAUAGGUUCUGACCCGUGGUUCUGGCUAGAACCUCCUGGGUUCAGAUCUGAUGCCUCCAAAUGGACCUCUGUCAUAAACCCCAAGUCAUUCCAGAACUUGGUUCUGACCUUUAUCUGUAAUCUGAAGCUUUGAAAACCCUUUGUGUCUCAAAUCCAAAAGUGUUAGAUCUACCAGAACCGGGCCUGAGUAACUGGGUUCUGGUGCAGUGGAGUUCUGUUUGGUUCUGACCCAAAUCAGCUGGUUACUCAGCUCAGAGUUUUACAAAUGAUCCGGUUUGGUUCUACUCAGCCUCUGGUGGUGUUCUGGUCUCAGGCCCGGUUCUCAGUCAGAAGUCCAGGAUCCCACAGCUCCCCCUGGUGGCCGGCCGUGGUUUCUGCCGCAGUCAAACAUCCGGCUUCAUUUACUUCCUGUUUUUAGUCUGGUUCACCUUUGACCCCUGACGGUAAAUAGAAACUCCAGAGGUAGUUUGACCACCUGUCAAUCAUCCCGUAAUCUAGUUAAAGGUCUAAUCAUGUGACCUCAGAUGCCCCGAACGGCACCGUUUACGUUUAAAACCCGCUCAGCAGAUCUCAUCAGGGCAUCAGAAAUGAACUCGUAAUGAUUUCAAACACCUGGAUCAACGGGUGUUUGUUUCUGGGUCCCAGACGUGAAAAAUAUGAUCUUUAAUAAAGAAUAUUCAAAGUUUGUAGAUUUUAUGAUCGGUUUAUUUAUUAUUGCCAGGAAAGGUUUGGAUAAUAAAUGUGUGAAGUGAUCCAGCUGUUACAAUCAUGGGUUUAGAGCUAGUUUGUUUAGUUACCAUCGGUUAAAGGUUAACCCGUUCCGAUUCGGGUCGACCCAGCACAACUCCUGUGGCGUUUCUUACCUCUGGUACUCGGUUGAUGAUCUGGAUUAAAUAAUCUGAGUGGAUUUGGGGUGAUUUUCUGACCACCCCCUGUAGAUUCUGGUCCCGCUGAGACCAGAUCCUGUGAAAACCCGAAGCAGGACCCAGAACCAGCGUGGCUCUGUUGUCUGUCUGCUGAUUGGUGGACAGUUUUCUUGAACAUGAUUUGUAAAAGACCCCCCCCCCCCCCCCCCCCCCCCCCCCCCCCACACACACACACACACUCUCUCUCUCUGUAAAAGCAUCUUCUCUGCAUUCUACAAAAAUCACAUUUUGAUCAUUUUAAGAUUUUAUUCUGAAAGUUUUUGGGACCAAAGACAGAAAGUUACUGAUUCCCAAAAUAAAAGCGAAAAGUUCUGUUGGAUCUGUCGCCUUAAAGCUUCGCUCACCAAAGCACGCAAUUAACUAAAGUAUUAACUACACUAAUGCUGCCAGCAGGGGGCGGAGCCUAAAAUGACCCUCGCCUGGCCGCAACGCUCCCGUUUUUUUUUCUGCUAUAAAACGAGCUUCUCAUGAUUCUUUGAAUAUUUAUGAUGAAAUUGUGACUUUCUUCUGCUGUAACUCGAUACGGGAUUCAGUUGUUUGUAAAUAAAGUUAUAAAUACUAUAUAAGCUCA